AUGACCAGCUACAGAGCUAGCAUUGAAUUGGGCGAUGUAACACCCCAUAAUAUUAAACAAUUGAAAAAGCUAAAUACUGUGGUCUUUCCCGUCUCCUACAAUGACAAAUUCUACGUUGAUGUCUUGGAAGCUGGUGAAUUGGCCAAAUUGGCCUAUUACAAUGAUAUUGUUGUUGGAGCUGUGUGUUGUCGCAUCGAUACCUCGGAAAACCAAAGGCGUCUCUACAUAAUGACUUUGGGCUGCUUAUCGCCUUAUCGUAGACUGGGCAUUGGUACCGUUAUGUUCCAACACAUCCUAAACUAUGUGGAAAAGGAUGGUAAUUUUGAUAGCAUUUUCUUGCACGUCCAGGUGAACAAUGACAGCGCCAUAGAAUUUUACAAAAAGUUUGGUUUCGAAAUUGUCGAAACCAAAGAACACUAUUAUAGACGUAUUGAACCAGCCGAUGCUCAUGUUUUGCAAAAAACUUUGCGCAAGACAACCGCCAAUCCCGAUGCCAAUCAACAAUCCAGUGUCCAUUGUAAUGGUCAAACAGAGAAACGAGAGAAAAAGGCUUAA